UCAUAUACAAAGCUUGUGUCAUCACAAAUUGGAGGGAAAAAAAGAGUGACUAGAAGGACUUCCUCAAAGGUUUCACAAGAUCAAGAUGAACAAUGAGCACAGAACGGGUCGGACUCGCUUACUCCGGUAACCAAACAUUAGUCAGAUAGGAAGCACAAUGAGCGUUGGUGUAGUGAUCUACACGUUGUUGGAGGUCCUCAUUGCUGUCAGCUGCUGCCUGGGUAAUUCGUUGGUUAUUUUGGCUCUGUGGACCAGUAAAAGCAUCCAGCUGCCCACCUUCUCCCUCAUCGUCUCUCUGGCUGCUGCCGACCUCUUGGUUGGCUGUGUGGCCAUACCGUUGGCCGUGGUGGUGGACGGACGGGUGAAUACUUCAUUUCACGGCUGUCUCUUCGUCAGCUGCGUGGUCAUCCUGUUGACGUUGGUCUCAGUUUUGUGUCUUGCGGCCAUCGCUGUGGACCGUUACCUCCGGGUGUAUAUCCCCCUCAGGUACAAAAGGACUGUAACUCGGAGACAUUCAUGGCUUGUCGUAGCAGCAUGUUGGUUUGUUGCUAUGCCACUGAGCUUCGCUCCCAUGCUUGGAUGGUCCAACAGCGAAACCAUGUCUGAUUCAGUCAACUCUACGAUCGUCUGCAAGUUUAUAUCUGUGAUCCCCAUGUCGUAUCUGGUUUACUUCAACUUUUUUCUCUGCACUUUGACGCCUCUGUUGAUCAUGACCGCUUUGUACAGCCUUGUAUUCUGUACCAUUCGGGGAAACCUGAGAGAGAGACCGGGCAACAGUGCUCAGGAACAAUCUGAGAACUACCUGAGGAAAGAGAAACAGCUGGCAGGAUCUCUGUCUCUGGUGCUGGCCCUGUUCGCCCUGUCCUGGCUCCCUCUCCACAUCAUGAACUGCAUUGCUUACUUUGGCGAGCCGAACCACGUGCCCAAGUCAGCGUUCCAUGUUGGCAUCCUGCUCUCUCACGCUAACUCCGCGGUAAACCCCGUAGUGUAUGCGUUCAAAAUACAAAAGAUAAGGGACGCGUAUCUGAAGAUCUGGAGACGGCACAUUUCAUGUGGAGAAGAAAAUCAAGGGUCUCAGUCGAGCCAGACGAUGAACAACAAUCACAGCAGCAACGUCAACAACAGUGUGCUCAACGAUGAGUGAAGGCAGAAUUCCUUGUUUCUGUGUUUCUGUAUUUUCAACGACCAAGUCUGAUUGACCUUUGAAAGGUGAAGAGAGACAGUUACAGUAUUACAUUUACUUUAUAGACGUUUAUGGAUAUCAGGAAGCUACAUUUUCUUUGAAGAUAAUAUUACAGUGAACAAAUUUAGGCAUGUGCACCGAGAGCUCUGUUAUCUGCUGUGUGCGUGUGUGUGUGCAUGUGUGCUAGUUACUGUGUGUGCGAGUGUGUGUGUUGCAGAAACUGUCUUGCAGCAAAAAAAAAGCAACUUCCACUUUUUAAAAAAGGCUAGUUUUUACACCAAGACAAGUUUCAGAUCACUUUUGUUUUUCUGUUAAAGUUCCAGUUCUUUAUAUUCAGUCUUGGAAAUGACCCUCAGUCUUGGAAAUGACCUUCAGUCAAAAUGUGUUUCUUGAGUCCAAAUUUUGGAUCAACUUUCAUCAAAAAUGUUUUCCCAUAACAGGACAGACACACUCACAUUUGCUCAUUAAAUCACUUUAAUUCAACACUUAAUACAAUCCUUUCUUUGAUUCACCAGUAUUUUUUUUAUUUUCCUGUUUUAUACAUUUGGGUUUUUCUUAACUUUCUUAAAGUUACAUAUUCAUUUUGAAUGCCCUGUAGAUUAGAUUGGUAGGUUUGUUAUCAGAUGUGUGCAGGUUAAUGGUUGGUUUGCAUGUUCUCCUGAUAUUGGAUGAGACUCAAGAGUUUUAAUUACAUUUUCCUGUUUCCACAUGUGUGGGACUUGGAGUGUGGCCAUUUUGGCAGAACUAUUCGUAAGUUUGACGUGAUAUCAAUCGGUUAUCAAUGCUGUAAUCUUAGUGUGGCUAUAAAAUGGCCAUGUAUUACUAAGGAUGGGUGCAAAAUGUCUUUUGGAUACGAUACCACGUGAUACAGAAUUGCUGAUACUUGUUAUUAUUAAAAGUGGCUUGUGAAGCUUCA